CGUUAUGCCUUGAGAGAAGGAAAAAAUCCAUGCCAGGGCACGUCUGAACUGUGACAGCCCCGCCCAUUACUAGUCCUGUGGUUUUGCACCUGCCUCACCACCCCUGCCACUUUGAGCGCAAAACCUCCUGGAGCUCCUGUACCUGCACUGCAGCGUUUCUCCAGCCCUCACUAUUGAAUCCUAUUUUGCUGGGACCCUUGUACGGCUCCACUGAGGCAUCAUCGUCCGCUGCGAACAGGUAUGCAACAUGAGGGCUCUCUGAUCAGCGACUGCAGCCCACCCCCAACUGGUGAAGACGCAGCGUUAAAAAAAGAAAGAAAAAAGAAGGAGAAAUCGGUGCAGCCACAAGCGGGGAUUUGGUGAGUGUUUCAUGUCAAGGGGGAGAAAUCAACGCAUGUCCUUUUACAUGCGCUAAGUAACGGAGGAGGUGGACGUAAACAUGCAAUAAGUGACAGUGGCAACCAGGUAGUCUACUACGCAAGAGCGCUCCCUCUGGACCUCCUCACUGAACUUUACCCGCUUGGCUUUUACGCGAUGGCUGCUGCUACUCUGGGGGAAGUUGGAGGCGUCCUACACGGCAUAGAUGGUGUCGCCCAGGUGGGGUCCCAUUUCUUCCUGACCCCACUUGGGGACAGUCCGACGCUGCUGGGGGAGCACCUCAUUCCUGGGGACAGACUUUCCCGGAGCACCACGGCGGAUUUAACGCACCUCAAAGGGAUUCUCAGGAGGAGACAGUUAUACUGCAGAACGGGUUUUCACCUGGAAAUACUUCCGGAUGGCACGGUACAAGGGACGAGGAAGGAUCACAGUCGUUUUGGUAUCUUGGAAUUUAUAAGCCUUGCUGUUGGGUUGAUAAGCAUAAGAGGGGUGGACAGUGGACUAUAUCUGGGGAUGAACGACAGAGGAGAGCUGUAUGGAUCUGAGAAGCUCACAGCUGAAUGUGUCUUCAGGGAGCAGUUUGAGGAGAACUGGUACAACACUUACUCCUCCAACCUCUACAAACAUGGAGACAAAGGGACGCGUUACUUUGUGGCCUUAAAUAAAGAUGGGACACCAAGGGAUGGGACUAAAUCCAGAAGGCACCAGAAAUUUACACACUUUCUACCCAGGCCUGUGGACCCUGACCGUGUGCCAGAGCUGUACAGGGAUAUCCUGGGACACAGCUGAGACUUGGAGGCCUGGUCCAGUUAAGGAAUAGCUGCUAAAGCCCUGGCAGACAGGGAGCAGAGAAGAAGAAAGGGAUGCAGGCAUGGGGAUGUGGCCGGUGCAGGCUGGUGGACAGCAGCCCAAGCAGAAGGGAUAAAGGCACCAGGGCCUCUUGUAGGAAUGCAUGGGCCAUCUCUCAGCAGCCAGGAAGACAGGCUAGAAUGUCUGCACACUCGUCAUGAGGGGGUCAUUUGUUUCUGAGGCUGGGCGACUCUAAAAAGUACCUGCGUGGAAUAGGAGAUGGAUGGGAAACAGAGCGGACUAGUCAGGGAGCAUCUCCUCUGGUCAGAUGGAGAGGUCGGUGGAUGUGUGUUGGUGAGAAGAAGCUGUGGUGUCAUGAAAUAGUAACUGUUGAGUUGGCUAUUGUGUCAGCAAGGUGCCAUUUGUUCAGAAGGACUUUGAAGGAAUUCCGUUUUUUUCUUAAUCCUUAACCAGUGUCUAGACCUGUUUAAACAGAGCAAAUAUGUAACAAUUUAUUUAUUCGUUUUAGAUACAUAUAUUUAUGUUUUAUAUUUAUUUAUUUGAGAAUAUAUUUUUUACAGUUAGAUACAUGCAAUAUAGAGAAAACCACUAGAACCUGUAUCGAUUAUACAAAGACUGACACACUGUACUAUUAUGUCUUUUACUAUGAAAAGAAACUCGUAAGAUGACCAAAAAAUGAAACAUAUCAGCAUCAUGUGGAUAAAAUCACCACAUCUGAAAUGCAUUUUGUCACAAUGUGGCAACUGUAAAUCCAUUUUUAAAGAGACUCUUGUAAUGUCGACGAAUACCAUCCAAACUACACGUGCUUGUGUUACAAGACAGAUGUGAAGUCAGCAAACUCAUGAUACCAACAAUAAAUUGCUUAAACUUUCA